AUGUCCUCCUCGACGCUCUCAUUACAAACACUUUCGACGCCAUCACUACCCCCACUCUCCCUGACACCAACAGAAGGUGUCAUGAGGGACCUAGAGACAGACAUCCAGGACUUCUGGUCAUCGUUCCCCUGCCCACCGCCAUGGAAGCCGCGCUUGCUAAUUGAGGUCAACGCCUCGCGCCUCGACCCGCACGUGAGCAGGACGCUACAAUCAUUCCUAGCUGGCAAGUGUGACAUUCGGCACAUCCUUUCCGGUUCGGAUACUGCUUUCAACCUUGAACCGAAUGACCUUGGUUCUGGCUUUGAUCUCCGUCCGACAAAGGGUGCAGACCCCGGCUCGUCUGUGAGCGGCCCAGGGGCGUCUCACCACCCGUGGUGUGAUGCCACGUGCCAGUUGUCGUUUGGUUGUGCGGUGCUGUUUGUGGUCGUUGUGUUUAUGGUCGCCAUAGUUAUCUGUGUAACCAGGCACCGCGUCAAAAACAAGAUGGCUGCGGCGCGACCCUCGAGACAACAGUUGCAGCUGAGCACUUCCACCAGUGACGCCUUCAAUUGUGCAGAGUUCUCUAACCUUGAAAUACAAGGAGGUGAUGACCUAGUAUAUCCGCCAUUCCGACACCGGGGCCUUCCACAUCCUCCAUUAUCCUGCCAUCCAUCAUGUAACUCCAAAUGGAACUGUCCCAACUGUUCAUCGUGUCAUCCGUUGAUGAAACUAAGCCCUCCUGAUCUCUACUACUCUCGCGGUUACUCCGCCGUUUACGAGACCAUCGAUGACGACGAAGAGGAAGAAGUUUUCCAAGGAACCAUAACUAGCACCAGAAAUGCCUCAGGAUGUUUGUCUCCGGCGACACCAGAGUCUGGUGACUUCAAUCAGAGUUGGGGGCCUUGUGUAGCUUCUUCAGAAAUCAGUACAGUUCAGAUCCGCCCACGGCCUUUCGAUGACAACAGACAUGAGAAAACAACUGCAGAGACCGGUUUCAAUGGGCACGACAGGCAAAGAAACAAUUCCAAAUCUACCUUACCAAGGUAUUUUGAGUUAGAACACAACUGUGCCUUGGUUGGUAAUUACGAAAACAAUUCCAUGAAGACUUUUGAAACCAGGAAUGUUCCAGAAGAAGGCAGCUGUUUCGCAUUCACCGUUUCUGGUAGCAACCAUUCCUGUCUUUUAUCUCACAACCAGACGAUUUUUAAAAGCCCGCCAAUGAAUUCUUCUACUAUAGACCAAGGUCAAGGUGGUUUUAGUCCAACAACCGCAGAUUUUCAAACUUUCCGGUUAAACACAGAGCAGUUCAAGCAGAAGUAUUCUGAUAACGCCAACGAUGACGAUUCUCAGCAAACAGAGGGUCAGUCACUUUCCUUCAGCAACAGAAACUCUGAAUACAACAUGUUUCCUAGGGACAACACAUCCAACUUUAACGACAGGCGAAGACCAAGCACAUUACAGACACAUCUAGGACAAGGUCCGGGACAUCUAAGCCAUUUCCCCUACACCACACACGCCUCCCCAGCACCAACUUUUCUUUCAGACAUCCCCAGUAGUUACUUCUGUUCUGGCUGCCAACCAAGCAGCAACCCGCUCCUGCGUGUCCACCCUAAAAGACUCACACCGACAUCUCUGCAGACGAACCCCACAUUUCCUGGAGUUAUAGUUGGCCCUGAUCUGCUUAAAGAAGCCUCGAACUCACGCAGGACCGCUGACAAGGAGACGACCCCAGUAAAUGAGCAUAAUGAUGACAACAAUGAAGUUCCGCUACGGAAGCCAGUUCUUGCCUUACACUCUCAAUAUUUUGCGAAACCGUCUUUAACAUGA